GCUGACUUCGAUUUUUUUGAAUGGUCACAUAUCAAAUAGUCAAUUUGUUUAAUUGCUUUUAUUGAAUUAACCAAAUAAUACUAAAUGGUUCGAUCAAAAAAAAAUCCAUCAUCUAAUAAAUCAUUAAAGAACGUGCAUCCAUCACAGUUCAAUAGUUCCAGAAGAAAUGUCAAUAAUUUCAAUGGGUGUACAACGGACUUAGAUGUGCAAAAUCACAAUACGAUUACAAAUUCCAUGACACAUAAUACAGUAAACAUGAACAAUCAAAACCAUAUCACUAUGCCUAAUCUUGUGACACAGAGAUUAGCGAGUCUGAAGAGCCAAAAUUUUAAUACAAUGCUAAAUGUCUCACAGAAUGCAACAAACCCGAAUAAACAAGAACAUAACAUGAUGCCAAAUCUAGUGGCACAGAGUUUAUCGAAUUUGAAUAGACAAAACUUUAGUAUUAUGCUAAAUUCUAUGUCACAGAAUACAGCUAAUAUGAAUAAACUAGACCAUAAUAUAAUGUCAAAUCAUAUGACACAGAGUAUAGCGAACAUGGAUAAACAAGACCAUAACAUCUUGCCAAAUCUUGUGACACAGAGUUUACUGAAUUUGAAUAGGCAAAGCCAUAAUAUGAUGCCAAAUGCUGUGACACAAUUGCCACAAUGGAAUUCUCAAAUUACCAUGAGCGACAUAUUGAAUAACUAUGUUGGUGGUCCAAAUUCAGAUAACAGUCUGUUCACAUCUGGCCAUGAUUUGUCCCCACAAUCCGAUUUUCAACCGACAUUUGACUGCAAUCAAAUCAACAGCAAUAAUGGUGUACAUCCUCCUAUAGAUCAAUCUAACUUUCCUCUCAUCAAUGAACAAAAUUUAUCUGUCAAUGGACCAAGAGAUAAUAUUGGUAGCCAAUAUUCUAACACUGUGCCCAUAGGGAGACCUUAUGGUAAACAUUCACUGUUCAAAAAAUAUGAUCAUUACUUUAGUUUCAAAGUGAUGAAAACUUCAAAUUCAGAGACAAGUGAAUUUAAAAUGCAGAAUAAAGAUUUUCCAGCAUUGCCUGGUACUCAAAUGCGAAUGCACAAUGUUGCUAAUACUCCACCUACUAUGGUAGAUUCAAACCAACAGUGGAGUAAUUCAAACACUGGAUCUAAAUUGUUAAAUAAGCUUAAAAUGGAUCAAUUUAUCGAUCAUAGUUCAAGCCGAAGCCAUUUAGAUAUAGAUUUUCAUAUGAAUGGUAGUACUCUACCAAAACUUGGAGUUCAAACAUCGCUUGAUGAUGGUAAAGUUACUAACAUACCUAGCAGUAUGCUGCGUGAUCAAUUUGGAAUUAUUGGUCAACUGGUUACUAUGAGAGCUGCCGAAUAUGAUCCUAAAUUGGUAGCAUUGACUUUCGGACAAGAUUUGACAAGCCUUGGUAUGAAUUUGAAUUCCCCUGAAAACAUUUAUCCAACAUUUGCAGGUCCAUUUGAAAAUUCUCCACUGGAACCCCAUAACAUUGAAUUUGAUGUACCUUCAGAAUAUAAGAUUCAUCACAAAAUCAAGGAUAAGUUAGCUCCAAUUAAGUUUUCCGAGUAUAAGGAAGAUUUAUUGUUCUAUCUUUUUUAUACUCAUUUUGGUGAUGGAAUACAGAUGGCUGUUGCUAGUGAAUUGCGUACACGAGGUUGGCGUUAUCAUACAGGACAACAUAUAUGGAUCACUCUUGUUUCUGGAUCAAGUAAUUCUGAUAUGGAUGGUAAAUUUCAACGUGGCACAUUUUAUGUAUUUGAUGUGCUAUCGUGGCGCAAAGUACCAAGAGAACUAAUGCUUGACCACACUAUGUUAGAUGGAUGUGUUGCAAAUGCUUCUUUCAUAAUCCCUGAUACAUCUAACUAGAUAAGUUUGGUCAUACUUAAUGAACAUAUUCAUUACGAAAAAGUCAAUUAAUCAUUACUAUCAUUUACUCCCAUAACCUUGCACAAAAUCCAUCCAAAAUGUUAAAAUGUUUGUUUAUUUCAUAAUCUUUUAAAAUAUAAAAUCCAUGUACUUUCUACAUAGAUUUUAUGUAAAUUGCGUGACGAAAUGCUAAUAAAUAAUAACUGUCAUUCCAUAAUAACUCAAUUUGUGCUAUAUCAACACUAGGUACUUGAAUAUAUUUAAUUACUAUUUUUUGAGAAAAAUAUUGUUUUAUAAUAUAACUUCAAUAAAUGUUUAUGCUG